AUGGCGCCUCAAACGCCCGCCGUUGUCAUGGACAACGGCACGGGAUACACCAAGCUAGGUUUCGCUGGCAACGACUCACCCUCCUUCGUCUUCCCGACCGCCAUUGCGACGAAAGGCCCAGCAGCAGGAGCCGGAGGUUCAGGCUCUGGACGACCAGCAGUAGGCCAAAAGCCGUCAUUCCUGACUGGUGGCGCAGGCCCAGGUGGACAUCUGUCGGCAAAGAGAGGCACGGAGGACUUGGACUUCUUCAUUGGCGACGAGGCGCUUGGUGCAGCAGCAGGGCCGGGGUACGGUCUACACUACCCUAUACGACAUGGACAAAUCGAGAACUGGGACCAAAUGGAGAGGUUUUGGUCGAACAGCAUCUUCAAAUACUUGAGAGUCGAGCCCGAAGACCACUACUUCCUUCUCACCGAACCACCGCUCAACCCACCUGAGAACAGAGAGAACACAGCCGAGAUCAUGUUCGAAAGCUUCAAUUGUGCUGGACUCUACAUUGCCGUGCAGGCUGUACUCGCAUUGGCAGCAUCGUGGACAUCUUCGAAGGUGCAAGACCGAAGUUUGACAGGUACAGUGAUUGACAGUGGUGAGGGUGUAACCCACGUUAUCCCUGUUGCGGAAGGAUACGUCAUUGGAAGCAGUAUUAAGAGCAUACCAAUUGCUGGGCGAGACAUCACGUACUUCGUACAGUCUCUGCUGCGUGAUCGAGGAGAGCCGGACAGCUCACUGAAGACAGCCGAGAGGAUCAAGGAGGAGUUCUGCUACGUGUGCCCAGAUAUCGUUAAAGAGUUUGCAAGAUUCGAUCGAGAAGCAGACGAUCGAUUCAAGCACUACGAAGUGCAGCAGCCUGGUGGUCGAAGUGUGACAGUCGAUGUUGGCUACGAGCGUUUCUUGGCACCCGAGAUCUUCUUCAACCCCGAAAUCUACAGCUCAGACUUCCUUACACCACUACCUACCAUCGUCGACACCGUCAUCCAAACAUCACCAAUUGAUGUUCGAAGAGGUCUAUACAAGAACAUCGUCCUAUCUGGAGGCUCAACACUAUACAAAGACUUCGGCCGCCGCCUACAACGCGACAUCCGGCACCUAGUAGAUGCCCGCAUUAAAGCCUCCGAAGCACGCGCAGGCAACCAAGCCAAGUCUGGCGGCCUUGACGUCCAAGUCAUCACACACAGAAGACAACGACACGGCCCUUGGUUCGGAGGCUCGUUGCUCGGCCAGACACCAGAAUUCAGGAGUUACUGCCACACGAAAGCCGAGUACGACGAGAUAGGUCCCAGUAUUGUCCGAAGAUUCGCAUUGCUCGGUGGUCCGGGGAGCACGUGA